AUGGGUCCAAAACGUGUUGCUGCAAGUGGUGGGCAUUCUUCUCAUUCAACUUCGAAGACUCAAAGCCAAACCUCGCAGCUCACUUUCGUCACGGAGAUCUUCGACAAGUUAAAGGGUACUUCUUUCGAAGAGCGUUACAUUCAAAUGCAAAAGAUGCUGACAGUUGAGAAGAAAUUUGAUCCAGAUAGUCUUGUUAGCAAGAUGUGCUUGAUUCGACUCUCCAUCGAGCAUGACAUGCCACUCGGGACGACAAGCAAAGAAAAAGUGAAUGCUAUAGCAGGAGAUGCUGAGCUGCAACAAGAAUUGGCUCGUGUCUUAAGCUAUGGCGUUGAAAAGCAAGGAAACGAGUUUCUAAAAGCAUUAAGAGAAAACCCAGAAGGAGAGAAAUUUGGAGAAAGAGGACCGCUUGGAACACUUGAUGAUGUAACUCAAAUGCUUUCUGGAGAUGUUGUGAUGAAAAUGGUUGGAUCGGCGAUGAAAAAGAUGUCAAAUAUCGAUCGAAUUCUACUUCUUUUCGACUUAAUCAUUCUCCGAAUUGAUCUUUCCUCAAAAUUAACAUCGCUUUUCUCGAAGACUGUGUCAGCGUUGGCAAAGGAUGAUUACCGGAAAAUGGCUUAUGAAAGGAUAUUACCUCGCAUUCUGCUCCUUCAACUCUAUCACUUUGACUCAAAUUCGUCAAAGUGUUGGAUGAGUAAAUGUUUUGAUAAAGAGACAGCGCAAACAGUGGCAAGACUUAUUGUAUUGGCUGUCGGCAAUGAGAUCAGAGACAACAUUCGAAAUAUCAACCUUGGCGAUUUCUUGGAGUACACAGGGAUUCUGAUGUGUCGACUUUUGGAGAUAGCUCAAGAUCCAGUCUAUAUGAAAGAGGAUCUUCGCACUGAACGUGAAAAAUGGUUAGCAGAAGGGAACGGAUCACCGACUCUUCUUUUAUCCAAGCUUUGCAUUGAACCUAAUGAUUCUAUGGGUGAAGAUCGAUUGUCUUGGAGUAUUUUGGGGAUCAUUCUGCACAUUCACGCGAUUUAUGGAAUGGCUGACAACAUUCUCGGUCUUCACUUACCGAAUCUCUUUGGGACAAAUGUUCGCUUGCCGCAUUACGGAGACAAAUUAGCCUCUUUAGAGAUGGAUGAUGUGAUGAUAACGAAGAUUUUAGAAAGAAUUGGUGGCCCAAAGAUGAUGCUCAACUUUGGCCAGCUCCUUCAUUUAAGUGCCGAGUUCGACUUUUCUUUGAAAAUCAUCGAUGAGUUUAUCAAUGAUUCAAAUGAGUUCACGGAUGACACCUCAAAAUGUCGUCUUUUAUUCCUUAAAAUCUACGCUUUAUUGGGAACAAAAAACUAUAAAGAGGCUAUCAAAUUCUCAAUAACUUUGUUGAAGCAGAUGCCUUUAGAAUGGAUUGAUACGGUGAAAUCGUCUCGUCACGUCGAAAUCCUUGAAAUGCAAAACGUUUUCGCAAUCGAACGAUCCGAUGGAUUCCCAUUGGGCAUCGUUCUUCUCCAAUUCGCACUUCUCGAAUAUGUCAAGAACAUGAAUUUUCAGCCAAACCAAACCGCCAUCUAUUUGCUAACAUUUUGUGAAGAGAUUCGACAAAAAUUCACAAAAAACUGGGCACCUGAUGUAAAUGGAGUGAUCAGAAGAAUUCAAGGCACUGAGAACUUAAAAAUUGUCUCUCUUUUUCUCGACUAUGCGAGGAGUGCGCAUUUUUGUAAAACUUUGAGUGCAAGUGAAUCGCUCAGUGAUGAGGAGAGGAUGAAAUUAGCGAUAAAGAGCAGAACCCGAGUGACUCCAUCUCACCAAAUCCAUCUCCUCCAUCACUUGUUAUCUCAUCAUCCAGAGAUCACUGAAAUCCUCACAAAUCCAAGCAAUCAAGUCAAUAUUGGAGAAUUGAGUGAAGAGGGAAUUAGACAAUUCAAAGAUAUCAUUACAUGGAUUGAGACAAGACCUGAUUCGGGAAGGUCCACUCCUGCUGUACAGGCAACUGAAGACGAGGAGAAUUCUCGUGGUGGAAUGACGUCAUCGACUCGUCGAAGCAAGACACCGAUGUUCUUUGAUAUCGCGAUGAAUGAUGAAAUGAUGGAAAUUGACUCAUCUUCCUCAAAUGAGACAAAUCGAGGAAAUCCUUUUCAAACGGAGCCUUUUCUGUCUGCCAAAGCUACGUGGGAUAAGUCCUUCAACGAGUAUCAUGCAUUGAAGCAAUUGUAUGGGAAAGGAAGACCAGUUACUUCUACUUCUCAAAUAACGAUUAUGGCGAAUCCGUACGAGCCCUCAGCUCGUACGGAGUCUUAUCGCGUGGCGACGUUGAAACAAGAAGAUGAGAAAGUGAAUGGACAAAAGCUUGAAACAGUUUUGGAAGCUGAUGAUAAACCAUUGAUUGAGAAGAAUAAGGAUAAAGAAGAGAAGAAAAAACGUGAGAUGGAAGAAAAAGAAAGAAAGAAAGCUGAAAAGGAAAGGAAGAAAGCGGAGAAGAAAGAUGGGAAACAAGGGAAACCGGAUUUAGAUGAUCUGAAGAAAGAAGUGAAUAUGGAUGUUCACACCGUACCCUUGGAGACUCUGAUUGAGAGAUAUUCGACUAAUCCUCAAAUUGGUCUUACUGAGUUGAAAGCCAAAGAGAUCUUUGCCCGUGAUGGCCCGAAUGCUCUCACUCCACCAAAGAAAACUCCAGAAUGGGUGAAAUUCUGCAAGAAUCUUUUUGGAGGCUUUGCUAUGCUACUCUGGAUCGGCGCUGUUCUAUGCUUUAUCGCUUACACUGUCGACUAUUUAAGUAUGGAGUACCCAUCAAAAGAUAAUUUAUAUCUGGGUAUGGUGUUGGCUGGAGUAGUGAUUAUCACUGGUGUUUUCCAAUAUUAUCAAGAGAAUAAAAGCUCAAAGAUUAUGGAUUCAUUCAAGGAUAUGGUGCCCCAGCAAGCAAUCGUUUACCGAGAUGGAACAAAGCGUCAAGUGAAAGCUGAAGAGUUGGUGCAAGGGGAUUUGGUUGAGAUAAAAGGCGGAGAUCGAGUACCGGCUGAUGUUCGAGUUAUUCAUGCACAAGGAUUCAAGGUUGAUAACUCGUCACUUACUGGUGAAUCAGAGCCUCAAUCCCGCUCAGCUGAUUGCACCAAUGAGAAUCCACUGGAAACCCGAAAUUUAGCCUUUUUCUCAACAAAUGCUGUUGAAGGAACGGCUAUGGCCAUUGUUGUGAACACUGGAGAUCGAACUGUUAUGGGACGAAUUGCACAUUUGGCUUCUGGAUUGGAAAGUGGUGAAACCCCGAUCGCUCGCGAGAUCGCCCAUUUCAUUCACAUCAUCACUGGGGUGGCCGUUUUUCUCGGUGUUUCCUUCUUCAUCAUCGCUUUUCUUCUUGGAUAUCAUUGGCUGAACGCUGUUGUUUUCCUUAUUGGAAUUAUUGUCGCCAAUGUUCCGGAAGGACUCAUUGCAACUGUUACUGUUUGUUUAACUCUGACGGCAAAGCGAAUGGCGUCGAAGAACUGUCUUGUGAAAAAUUUGGAAGCUGUCGAAACUCUUGGAUCAACAUCGACGAUUUGCUCGGACAAGACUGGUACAUUGACUCAAAACCGAAUGACGGUGGCUCAUAUGUGGUUUGAUCGCGAAAUUAUCGAAUUGGACACAACGGAGACACAAGAAACGAUCAAAGGGAAAGAUCAUCCCGCUACACAGAAAUCCCUCUUCACCGUUGCGGCUCUUUGUAAUCGAGCUGAGUUCAAGCAUGGACAAGAAGAAUCUCCAAUUCUGAAGCGAGAAUGCACUGGUGAUGCCUCGGAAAGCGCUCUUCUGAAAUGCGUUGAAAUGCAAGUGGGAAAUGUGACUGAAUGGAGAAAACGCUGCCAAAAAGUCGUUGAAAUCCCGUUCAACUCAACGAACAAGUAUCAAGUGUCGAUUCACGAGAAUGAGAACGGAGAAGGGUACUUUUUGGUGAUGAAAGGAGCACCAGAAAAGAUUGUCGAUCGUUGCUCAAAAAUUUCGAUUAAUGGAGAGGAAAAGAAUUUGGAUGCGAAGGAAAAAGCAGCCUUUAAUGAAGCUUAUUUGGAAUUGGGCGGAAUGGGCGAAAGAGUGCUUGGAUUUUGCGAUCUACAGCUCGAUCAAGAGAAAUUCCCGAGAGGCUUUGUUUUUGACACUGAAGAGAUCAAUUUUCCGUUGGAGAACUUGCGUUUCUGUGGACUAAUUUCAAUGAUCGAUCCACCGAGAGCCGCCGUCCCAGAUGCCGUCGCGAAAUGUCGAUCAGCUGGAAUCAAGGUAGUGAUGGUGACCGGCGAUCAUCCGAUCACCGCUCAAGCUAUUGCGAAAUCCGUUGGGAUAAUCAGUGAGGGAGGAACAGCCGAGGAUAUCGCUUUGAAGAAAGGGAUUCCCGUUGAUCAAGUUGAUCCAAAAGAAGUCAAAGCGAUCGUCAUUCAUGGAAGCGACUUGAGGGAAAUGACAGCCGAGCAAUUGGAUGAGAUUUUGAUAAACCAUGAUGAGAUUGUGUUCGCAAGAACUUCACCGCAACAAAAGCUGAUGAUUGUCGAGGGAUUUCAAAGACAGGGACAAAUUGUGGCUGUGACAGGAGAUGGGGUCAAUGAUUCGCCAGCACUGAAAAAAGCUGAUAUUGGAGUUGCAAUGGGAAUCGCUGGCUCGGAUGUCUCAAAACAGGCGGCUGAUAUGAUCCUUUUGGAUGACAAUUUCGCGUCGAUUGUUACCGGAGUUGAGGAAGGGAGAUUGAUUUUUGACAAUUUAAAGAAAUCGAUCGCCUACACACUUACCUCGAAUAUCCCAGAGAUUUCCCCAUUUCUCUCAUUCAUUCUCUUGGACAUUCCACUUCCAUUGGGCACAGUCACCAUUUUGUGCAUCGAUUUGGGAACGGAUUUGUGGCCAGCUAUUUCAUUAGCUUAUGAAGAACCAGAAUCGGAUAUUAUGAAGAGAAGACCGAGAGAUCCAAAACAUGACAAAUUGGUUAAUGAAAGAUUGAUUUCCCUGGCAUACGGUCAAAUCGGAAUGAUUCAAGCGUCAGCCGGCUUCUUCUCAUAUGUGGUCAUAAUGGCGGACAAUGGUUUUAUGCCAUGGGAUCUUUUAAAUCUUCGUGAGCGCUGGGAUUCGCGAGCGAUCAACAAUUUGGAGGACUCUUUUGGACAAGAAUGGACUUAUGCAAAUCGAAAAGUUCUUGAAUACACGUGUCACACAUCGUUUUUUGUCUCAAUCGUCAUCGUUCAAUGGGCUGAUUUGAUUAUCUCGAAAACGAGAAGGAACUCGUUGAUUCAACAGGGUAUGUCCAAUUGGACUCUCAACUUCGGUUUGGUGUUCGAGACGACUCUCGCCUGGUUUCUUUGCUAUUGCCCUGGCUUGGAUAAUGGCUUGAGGAUGUAUGGAUUGAGAUGGUCUUGGUGGUUUCCGGCUCUUCCUUUCUCACUUCUCAUUUUCAUCUAUGAUGAGGCUCGUCGUUUCUGUAUCCGACGAUAUCCUGGUGGUUGGGUGGAAAGGGAAACUUAUUAU